AUGAAGUUGAUCAAUAUCCAAACCCUGAGCUUGAUGUUGCUCGCCAUGGCCAUAGCAGCCACGGCUCGAAACCCCGUGCGCGACACUUCCGGCAAGCCUCUCCGCCGGGGCGUCGAGUACUACAUAAAACCCGCGAAAACCGACCACGGUGGCCGCUUUACUUUGAUAGACCGAAACGGCUCGUGCCCCUUCUACGUCGGUCAAGAAAACACCUCCGCCGGAAGGGGCCUCCCGGUGACGUUCGCGCCGUUCUUCGAGGAAGAGAAGAUUGUGAGGGAGACGAGGGACUUCAAGGUCUCAUUUGCGGCGGCCACGACGUGUGUGCAGUCUACGACAUGGAAGCUUGAUGGUGGACUGAUCGGGACCGGAGAUGAGGGAGGUUAUAGUAACUACUUUUACAUUAGUCCCGGGGAAGUUGAGAACACCUAUGUUAUAGGGUGGUGCCCAGAUGAGGCAUGCCCUGGUUGUAGGUGGCUUAGAUGUGGGCAAGUUGGGGCUAUAAUUGAGGACGGGAAGAGAUUGUUGGUCUGGGCUGCUCGCUCUGUCCUUCCUGUUGUCUUUGAGAGAGCUCGUUACUAA